GAUAUUUCCAUAAUAUAACAUAAUGCUGGAUAAAAGUAAAUAUAAUUUGGUAGAUGACUCAAUAGACCAAAGGAUCCCUGCUGAUACUGAAGGGCAGUUCCAGCAUGGGCUCACGUUCGAGGUGAAGUUCAUCGGGAGUCUGGAUAUUGUGAGACCUAAAAGCAGGAUUGAAAUAUUGGCUGCUAUGAGACGAAUACGGUAUGAGUUCAAAAUAAAGAACAUCAAGAAGAAGAAAGUGAACCUUAUCGUGUCAGUGGAUGGUGUCAAUGUGGUUUUGCGGAAAAAGAAAAAGAAAUAUGGAUACAACUGGGAUGAAAGCCAAAUGACACUGGCCCAGGACCCAAUUUUCAGAAUAUUUUAUGUCUCACAUGACUCACAGGACCUGAAGAUAUUCAGUUAUAUAGCAAGAGACAAGAAAAGCAGCAUGUUCCGCUGCAAUGUCUUCAAAUCAAAGAGGAAGAGCCAGGCUAUGAGGAUUGUGCGAACAGUGGGCCAGGCAUUUGAGGUGUGCCAUAAACAAAGUCUAGACAAUGCUGACGCAUGGCUGGUAAAAGGAGAGGAAGAGAAAAGCAAAGAGGAGAUUGCAACUUCUGGCAAUACCACUGAGAGAUCAGACAAUGCGUUCCCGGAAAAAGACGAAAAGGUGUGUGAAGACCCUGUGUUGGUGUCCUCCAGACUGGCGUCUCCUCUCUCCAGUCCUCUAUCUGUGAGCCAUCAUGUGCAGCUGCUGCAGAGACAGUUACAGCAGCAGGAGCAGAGGAGUCAAGCUGCCUCUGCACAGGUGGCUCUGCUGCAGCAGCAGCUGUCGGUGGAGUCCAGCGCCAGGAUGGAGGCGCAAGCCAGAGUCCAGCAGCUCCUGCAGCAGAACACUGAACUUCUGCAGCAUCUCUCUCUGUUGGUGAAACACAUCCAAGAUCUGGAGCUACGCACUCAACCACACAAAAAUUCACCCUUGGGAUCUCAAGACAGCCUUUUGGAAAUCACCCUGAGGGCGAACAUGCCAGCUGUACCAUGUGACCCCAGUCUCAACCCUCCCCCACCCGCUCGAGGGGGCUUUCCUCUCUCGAACAGCCUGGUUCGGCUGGACAGCUUCCGUUUCUUCACAGAACCUUCAGACCAGGAGAAGAAGAAGCCGGAGCAGGACCGUGACUCUGGUCAGGGUCAGGAUGAAGAUCAUUCGGGUGAUUGCUCUCCUCCAAGUAACCAAUUCCUCAGAGCACUGGAGACUCCUGGGUUCAGAGAGUCUGGCAUCGCUUCUGGAUACGAGUCCAACACUGAUGAAAGCGAUGACAGGGACAGCUGGGGACAGUAACUGCAUGCUUGUGUGUGUGAGGUCUGUGCCGGCUGAAAAGACAAGCUUAAACCAGCAUGUAUUUCCAUACUGGUCCAGAAUGGUUUGUGCAGGUCUGGUGCUGGUCUAGCUGGCAGGCCUGCAUAGCCAUGCUGCAAAACUUAAGAAGCUGUUUGACCACCAUGGUCUUCCUGGUGAAGCUUAUUGACCAAGAAAAUCUUGCUGGUUAAGUUAGUUGGUAAACCUGGUGGGUCCACCAGCACAUCAGCUUUCCAAUCUGGUAACAUCAUCCAAAAUACUAAAUGGUUACCAUAAUGCUUGUCUUUUCAACUGGGGUAGCAGCUCUCAAAGUCAUUUUUACAUUUUAGCUUUUUUUUCUUUGCAUUGAAUGUUCACCUGUCAGAAAAAAUUAAGUCUAUUGUGUGUUUAUACAAAAAAUGAAUUACUAAUUGCAAUCAGAAAUAUGCUUAACAUCCUUUUGUGUUCAUUGAUACUAAUACCUGCUAGUCCAGACAGUGUCCAGACAGGCUUCAUCAUACUUAAUGUAAAAAUCUAUUACAUAAUGUCAAUUCAAAAUGCCAGAGUUCUUAGAAAAUAUUUUCUGCAAAGGUGAACUUAAUCGUUUCACUGUUAAAAAGAAAAUAAAGCACCUACAUUUAAUGUACUUUGGGCAAUUAGUGGGAAAUGAAGUAAAUUGGGCCACUUUUUGCCAGUCAUUUUGAUUACAAAAGUGUCCCAAUUUACCUGAAUUCCCACUAUUUGUCAAAUGUACUAAAUUUACUUUAUUUAAUAUUUAAAAUGAUGUUCACUCACAUGAGUUACAGACUCUGAUUGAAAAUGUUGUUUUAUUCUACAUGAGGCCCCCACAUGGGGCUGCCAUGUUGUGAUCACAUAGCCAGCAGAAUACUACUCACUUUAACUCCGUAACCCUCUAUUAUCGUACACUUUUGGUUAUGGAAUAAAUUAUUAAUAUAUUAAAUUGAUCAUGAGCGACAAGUACAUCUGAGAAUAGAAUAUUUAUAAUAGGACAUCAGUAACUGAAAACUUAUAGCUGAUAAGUGUCAGCAUAAAUUCUAAGAAUAUUGUCUAAGUAAGCAAAUAAAUAUAUAUAUAUAUACACACACACACACACACACUGGUGGCCAAAAGUUUGUAAUAAUGUGCAGAUAUUUCUGUUUCGGAAGGAAAUUGGUACUUUAAUUCACCAAAGUGGCAUUCAACUGAUCACAAAAUAUAGUCAGGACAUUACUGAUGUAAAAAACAGCUCCAUCAUUAUUUGAAAAAAGCAAAUUUUUUAUUGAAUCUAUUGAGUUGUCACAGUAUGCAAUAGACUGGCAUAUCUUAAGGUCAAUAUUAGGUCAUAAAUGGCAAAAAAGAAACCAGUCAAUCAUUGUUUUGAGGAAUGAAGGCUAUACAAUGCUUGAAAUGGCCAAAAAACGGAAGAUUUCAUACAAAAAUGUAUGAACAAAGCUACUGGCUCUAACAAGGACAGAAAGAGAUGUGGAAGGCCAGAUGUACAACUAAACAAGAGGAUAAGUACAUCAGAGUCUCUAGUUUGAGAAACAGAUGCCUUACAUGUCCUCAGCUGAAUUCUAUUGAAUUCUACCCGCUCAACACCAGUUUCAUGUACAACAGUAAAGAGAAGACUCAGGGGUGCAGGCCUGAUAAGAAGAACUGCAAAGAAAAAGCCACUUUUGAAACAAAAAAAAGAAAAAGAAAAUGUUAGAGUGGGCAAAGAAACACAGACAUUGGACAACAGAUAAUUGGAGAAGAGUGUGAUGGAUCUUAACCCCAUUGAGCUUUUGUGGGAUCAGCUAGACUGUAAGGUGCGUGAGAAGUGCACGACAAGACACAUCUAUGGCAAGUGCAACAGGAAGUGUGAGGUGAAAUGUCACCUGAGUGUCUGGACAAACUGACAGCUAGAAUACCAAGGAUGUGCAAAGCUGCAAUUGCUGCACAUGGAGGAUUUUUGAUGAGAACUCUUUGAAGUAGUUUAAGACGUUCUGAAAAAAAAUUCUAAUUGUAAUAGUCAUUUUUCACGUUAUUAAUGUCAUAACUAUACAUUCUGAUCAGUUGAAUGCCGCUUUGGUGAAUAAAAGUACCAAUAGUGCAAAAUCUGUACAUUAUUCCAAACUAUUGACUGCUAGUGUGUAUGUAUAUAUAUAUAUAUAUAUAUAUAUAUAUAUAUAUAUAUAUAUAUAUAUAUAUAUAUAUAUAUACAUAUAUAUUGAAAGCCUCAGUCACCAUUCACUUUUACUGUAUGUAAAAAGAAAAAAAUAUGUAAUGAAAGUAGAUAGGAACUGACACUAUUAACUGCCUAACAUCUCAUUUUGUGUUCCACCAAAGAAACUAAUACAGGAACAUCAUGAGUGUGAUUCAAUUAUGACAACAUUUGUAUUUUUGGUUGAACAAACCAGUUAAUGUAUAACCAGUACAUUAAAGGGAUAGUUCACCCAAAACUGUAAAUGUUCUCAUCAUUUACUCACCCUCAUGCCAUCACUGAUGUAAAUAACUUUCUUUAUUUUGAUGAACACAAGACAAAGAUUUUUAGAAGAAUAUUUCAGCUCUAUAGGUCCAUACAGUGCCAUUGAAUGGUGGCCAGAACUUUGAAGGUCCAAAACACAUAUAAAGGCAGCAUAAAAGUAAUCCAUAAGACUCCAGUGGUUAAAUCUAUAUCUUCAGAAGUUAUAUUAUAGGUGUGGGUGAGAAACAGAUAAAUAUUUAAGUCAUUUUUCACUAUAAAAUCUCCUCCCUGCCCAGUAGGUGACGAUAUCUACAAAUAAUGGGAAUCACCAAAAACAAAAGAAGAAUAAUGUGAAAGUGAAAGUGGAGAUUUAUAGUAAAAAAAGGACUUAAGUAGUGAUCUGUUUCUCACCCACACAUAUCAUAUCACUUCUGAAGAUAUAGAUUUAACCACUGAAGUCUUAUAGAUUGCCUUUAUGUGCUUUUGGAGCUUCCAAAUUUUGGUACCCAUUCACAUGGAUUGUGAGGACAUAGAGAGAUGAGAUAUUCUAAAAAUCUUCAUUAGUGUUAAGCAGAAGACAGAAAGUCAUACACAUCUGGGAUUGUGUAAGUGUUAGUAAAUGAUGAGAGAAUUACAAUUUUUGGGUGAACUCUCCCUUUAAUGCCUCCCCUAAAUACAUUAGUCUCAAGUCUUUAUUUGCAUUUGGAACUUUACAGCAUGUGGAUUGCUGUGCUACCAGCAGCGUAUAUGAAACUCAUAUAGUUUCUUCUUUUAUGUAGUUGUCCUCCCUGAAAAAGACUAGGGCUUUGAUUCACUUACAGUGCAUCCAGAAAGUAUUCACAGCACUUCACUUUUUCCACAUUUUGUUAUGUUACAGCCUUAUUCCAAAAUGGAUUAAAUUCAUUAUUUUCCUUAAAAUUCUACAAACAAUACCCCAUAAUGACAACGUGAAAUAAUUAUUAUUAUUUUUUAAAAUCUUUGCAAAUUUAUUAAAAAUAAAAAAUGAAAAAAAUCACAUGUACGCAAGUAUUCACAGCCUUUGUUCAAUACUUUGUUGAAGCACCUUUGGCACCAAUUACAGCCUCAUUUUGGAAUAAGGCUGUAACAUAACAAAAUGUGGGAAAAGUAAAGCGCUGUGAAUACUUUCCGGAUGCACUUAAAGGAAUGAAUGGACAGCAAUACCUUCAUUUUUUUGUUAUUUGUGUUAGUUUUUUAAUUGUAUGUGUUUCAUGAUAUUGAAGCUCAAUGUACAGUAUGUGUUAAGUUGGUAUUGAUCAAUUUGAAGGCCAUUUUUAUAGUUUGCUUUAUUUGUUCGCCAGUGUUUUGAUAUGUAAGGCUUGACUACAAUAUGAUAUGUAGCAAUGUUAAAAAGAGAGUGAAUUGUCAAGACGUCAAACUCUUUUUGUGAAAGCAUGAUUGGCUGAGCAGCUUUAACUGUUACACAUCUAAAUAUCCCUCUCCAGUGUAACUGUCUAUAUAAACAUAAGUGAAUUUAUGUAUCAAUAUCAAGAGUCACAUCAUUUGAAUUGUAAUAUUCUUUUUCAUUCUUUCUUUAAUCUCUUUUUUCUGAUUGAAUUUUUUCUCUCUUUAUUUCUUGGUAUAAAAAAAAGUGUAGCAAGUAAUAUAAACACUGUGCUUUUUGUGCUAAUAAAGCUACUGUACUGUAAACAUUACUUUAGUUUUAAAUAAAGUUGUAAUUUAUACAAUAUCUUGGUGAUGGUAAAUUACAUUUUUGAACAACUAAGGGUUGUAAUACUUUAUUUUCC